AUGAAUUCAACAUUAUAUACAGUAUCAGUGACAUUUGUUAACAACUCAGCUGUAGCUGCUGUUGAGUCAUGGUUUAUUCCGCUUGAUAUUUUAGCGAUCAUUUUCACUUCCUUAGCCAUUGGAUUUGGAACACUCCUUUUAUUUAUUAUUGUUGUUGAUAAAACAUGUCAUACAAUUUCAAUGCUACUAAUUGCAAAUUCAUGUUUAGCUGAAGUUAUGUUUGCAUUGAAUAUACUUGUUGUGGCUGUAUUUACAUUACAAAAUGAUCUUAAACAAAUUCAAUACCAAGAUUCACUUUGUAGCCUUCGAGGUAAUUCGAAUAAAAUUUAUGAUCUUUUUUGA